UCUCAGUGGAACAAUCUCGCCAGUCCUACAGUAUAUAAACAUUAUGGCCCAGUAGGACAAAUGGCCAAGUACAUUCUCCUCGAUUAUUGGCCUCACAUCAAGAAUAGAAAAACAUUUCAUCGGCUUCAAGCCACCACCAAAAUUAAUCCGAAAUUAUCGCUAAAAUAUCUCACAAUUAGUUAUUUUCUGCUUCUUCAAAGAAUAAUCUUGAGAUGGAUAUAAGUGGUAUUAUUCACCCCCAAUCCUCAUCAUCCCCAUUGUCACCUGGAGAUGAUGAACCACCGCGAAAACGGCAAAAACUCGACAUAUUGAGUCCCUCGAGUCUCAAUAAUUCAAACAUCGAUUCUGUACUCAAUACUGAGACCGAAUACGAACAUCUGAAGACAAAAUUCAUGACCCUCCGAGUAAGAUUAUCAAAGUCUGAAGCGACCAUAACACAACUCCACAGGAUACGAAGUGAAAUCGAGGACCUUCUCGAAAAAGAGAAAACAAUGCAGCAGUGGCAGGCGAAAGUGGAGACAGAGAUGAUAGACCAACUGCAGGUGGCUCUGAAUGAAGCAAUGAGAAAAACUGAUGAAGCACUCGAAGCCAAAAGGUCCGCAGAAGCCAAAUUCUCCGAAAUAAAGACAAGAAUGGAGGAAGAGAUGUCAGCAUUGUUGAUCGAAAAUACCAGACUGAAAAAUGAAAUUCCUUCCAACUCGGAAGUAUCUGCAAAGUCCCAGGAGGAUACAGAGUCUCUGGAGAAACUGAAGAUUGCCGAGAAACGGAUUCUCGAGUUGGAAGAAAAGCUCGAAGACAACAUGAUAUCUCAGAUGGAAUUUUACCUUCUCAAUGUUGAGCUGAAACAAGCCACGGAUCAGAGGUUGAAGUCAGAAGAAACUGCGGGUCUUGAGAAGAAACAACUGCUUACACGUGUGCAGGAGCUGGGAGACGAGUUACAAUCCUCCAAAAACAUUAUUUCAACUCUUGUAGAAGAAAUUGAAUUGCUGAAGCAGAAACAACUGGAGAUUCCAGUGGGAGUUGAAGAGCAAGUGGCUAUGCAGCAGGAGAAUGAGGAAUUAUAUUCGAAGAGUCCUGAAUAUGACUCCGAAAGGAGUGGAAAUCAAUCUCCCACUGGUACAAACGUUAUGUCUCCUCAAGAGACAUAUGUCUAUGCUAUACAGGAACCGCAACAAUUGACGUAUGCCUUUGUCUUCGCGGCUGAUACACUGACGAGUAUCUACGAGUUGGAGCAGAACAGUGAAGAGCUCGAGGACACACGAGAGGACGUAAACAAAUGGGGAUCUAACCUCGAGUCGACACACAAUGAGUCUACUUGUUCAUAUGAUGAUUUGUGCAAUAUUCUAGGUAGAGAUUACCCAUCAACGGGUAGUGAACGUGGAGAAGUUGAAGAUCAUGAGGAGAUUGUAGGCCAAGAAGCAGCAACGAAGAGUCUUGAGAUGAUGGUAGGGGAUCAUUCCAUUCGGAUGAGAAAUCCUUCGGAGUUGAUCGGAUGAACAAGUUCACGGAUGAUGGAGAGGAGUGAGAUCAAUAGAAUAAACAUUGAAGAUCGUGUGUGCGUUACAUAUUAUUGUGGAUACUUCCAGUGAGCCACGUGCUCUCCUGAUGAUUGUCCAUGUUCCCUUGGACGGAGGGACGGUAUCACACAACAUAAUGAGAGAGCUCGUCCUUAUUUGUUUUAGUACGAAUAGUUGAAGUUGAUAGAUUCACGAAUAGCUGGGGUUGGUGAACUUAUCAAUGAUUGGAAUCGCUAGAUUAAUCGAUAGUAGGAGUCGGCAUAUUUAUCAGCUAUUGGGAAAUGGCGGUAGGAGACAGUUAAGGAUUCAUUUCUUUCAUGUCAGCCAUUUAGCAGCUGCGCUUGUGGUAAAAGUCUUUGAGAAUCAUUUUCGAUGGGUUAUUUCAAACUUAAACUCCUGAGAACUUGGAAAUGUUCCGUUCGAUACAGAUUUUCGUUUUUUUAUUUAUAAUGGGGAUGAAAUUCUAUUCGUAGUUUUCAAUUAUACUUCCAUAUGUGCGAAUGCUGCGAUUAUGGAGUGAUGAUUAUAGGAUUAUUCAUUUCGAUAAGCACCGAAUAUCGAAUUUCUACUGUCUCAAUGAAUAGAUCAACUUGAUGUGAGUUAUAGUGGGCGAGUUGGAUGUUCAUUGCAGAUAAACUUUCUAGUAAUGCAACGGAAUUCUUUGAUCGUUCAAUAAAUGGUGUUAUGCUUACCUGUGUUACUUGAACUUCAUGGGAUAAUAAUAAAAAUAGAUUGUUUUUUUCAAUUUUGUAUUGUCAGUUUUA